AUGUUUAAAUGUUUUCCAUUGCCAUUUUGUAAUCGUAAUUUGGAACAAGUUGAUAAACGUCAUUGUAAUUUAACAGCAGUACCAGAUGAUGUUUUACGUUAUACAAGAACAUUAGAAGAACUAUUACUUGAUGCAAAUCAAUUACAAGAAUUACCAAAAGGUGUCUAUCGUUUAAUACAAUUACGUCGAUUAACAUUUAGUGAUAAUGAUAUACAACGAAUAUCGCCUGAAAUUGGCCAGUUGAUUAAUUUAGAAGAACUAGAUUGUUCAAGAAAUGACAUAGCCGAAAUUCCAGACAAUAUUCGACAUUGUCGAAGUUUACAAGCAUUAGAUUGUAGUGGUAAUCCACUAGCAAAAAAUCUUCCAUCUGGUAUUAUUCAUUUGCGUAAUUUAAGUCAGUUAACAUUGAAUGAUGUUUCACUUACACAACUUCCAGAUGAAAUUGGCAGUUUAAUCAAUCUUCGUUUAUUAGAAGUUCGAGAAAAUUUAUUAAAAGUAUUACCUGAAUCAUUAACACAAUUACAACGAUUAGAAUCACUCGAUUUGGGUAGUAAUGAAAUUGAACAAUUGCCUAAUGGUAUAGGACGUUUAAUAUCUCUACGUGAAUUAUGGUUAGAUAUAAAUGAAAUAAAUCAAAUACCCAUUGAUAUUGGACAUUUAAAACGACUACAAUGUUUGGAUAUAUCCGAUAAUAAAUUAACACAAUUGCCAAAUGAAAUUGGCGAUUUAGAAUCGUUAACAAAUUUAGAAUUAUCUACAAAUCAAUUGGAAGAAAUACCUGCAACCAUCGGACAAUUAUCAAAAUUAUUAAUAUUAAAAAUUGAUUCAAAUAAUCUCGGACAAUUAUGUAACGAAAUUGGACAAUGUAUAUCAUUAAAUGAAUUGAUAUUAACAGAAAAUACUCUAAGUGAAUUACCUAUAACAAUAGGAAAUUUAAAAAAAUUAUCAAAUUUAAAUAUAGACAGAAAUCAGUUAACGUUAUUGCCAGUCGAGAUAAGUGGAUGUGAAUUAUUGGGUGUUUUAUCUUUACGCGAUAAUCGUUUAACUCGAAUUCCAAAUGAAUUAUCAAAAUUAAAACAUUUACAUGUACUAGAUUUAUCUGGUAAUCGAUUACCAUAUUUACCAUGUUCAUUAUUAGAUUGUGAUUUAAAAGCUAUAUGGUUAGCAGAAAAUCAAGCACAACCAAUGUUAAAAUUUCAAACAGAUGUUGAUAAUAAUACAGGUGAAAAAAUUUUGACAUGUUAUUUGUUACCACAACAACAUUGUACAACAGCAUCAACAGAGAAUUUACUGAGCACCUCCAAAUCUCAAAUUUCACAUCAUGAAUCGACACCCAUUGUAACAACACAAAAUAUUGCAUCUUCACCUCUAUCAAAAACCACACCGACAAAACAUAUUGUUGAUAUAUCAGAUAAAGAAGAUCGACAUGAACGAUCGGGAUCAGUUAAAUUUGCCGAUCAGUUUGAAGACAUCAAAGAAAGUAGUCUUCAACGACAUAAUACACCACAUCCAAAAGAUCUUCGUACGUGGAGAAAUAAGAUAGCCAAAAAACUACAUACAGACGGACAUUUAUUACAUCAUCAUGGACAUGCAAAUCAACAUUCUGGCUCAAUUCAUAGUAAUCAUACAAACGAUGAACAUGAACAUAAUGAAGGAAAAAUAAUUGAUAAUAAACAACAAUCACUAUCAUCUCCAACGUCGUCGUUACAAAAUAAAAUUCUUACAGAUGGACCGAGAGUCGUGACGACUUCUUCGCAUGCACAUGAAUCAAUUGAAUAUUGUCCACCUGAAACAAGUUCCGGUUAUCAUCAUGACUCAGAUACAGACCAUAAUCCUGAUGAUAGCAGUGGUGAUGUUUACCAUACCGGUGAUCAAUCUCUUAUAGAAAAACACGUUGAGUUUACCGAUGAUACAGCAAUAAAUGAAGGAGAAACGAAAGAUAGUGGAUCACAAAAACUUCAUCGUAGAGACACACCACAUCAUUUAAAGAAUAAACGUAUACUCAAUAAAAAUGGUGAUCAACUUUCACUAGAUCAAAUAUUAAAUCAAAGUCCAAAUAAAACAUCUCUUACAAGUCCAACAAAAGAUUCAAAGCAAUUCUCUUCUCGUCCAAUGACUAUUCAACAUGAACAAAUUACUCUCCUUAUUCGACGAACACAAAAUCUGGGCCUUGGUAUUAGUAUUGCUGGUGGAGUUGGAUCAACACCUUACAAAGAUAACGAUUAUGGUAUAUUCAUAACGAAAGUGAGUGAAGAAGGUCCAUCUGGUCAAGCUGGUUUAAUUGUGGGCGAUAAAUUACUAUCUGUAAAUGGUGUUUUAUUAAAUAAUGUUGAACAUCAUGAAGCGGUAUUAGCAUUAAAAAAUGCCGGUGAUAAUAUCGAAAUGAUCGUAUUACGUGAGUUAAUUAUACCAUCACCGACUUCUACGAUAGCAGGACAAGAUCACCAACAACAGCACACAAAUACUCUAAAAGAAGGUGAAAAAUUUACAACAAUCAUCACACGUGAUGAAAAAGGAUUUGGAUUUUCAAUUGCUGGCGGGCGAUAUAAUCAACAUGAGAACAUGAACGGUAUCGAUGAACAACAGUCACCUGUUGAUAAUUAUGAUUUGUAUAUAUCACGCCUAACGGAAAAUGGUGCUGCUGAUAAACAAGGUGAAAUAUUAGUCGGUGAUCGAAUAUUAGCUAUCAAUGGUUACGAUGUAUCAACGGCCAGUCACGAUCAAGCGGUUGAUAUCAUUAUGAAUGUUGGAAAAAGUCUUGAACUUGUUCUCUAUAGAGAAAAAUAUUUAACACAACGGGAACAACAGCAACAGUCGGUAAUCAGUGAGUCACGACAACGACAUUUUGACGACCAUACACCGAAAACAAAUUCGCUGAAUAAAGAUUCGCCAGUGGAUACACAUUCAAUUGACAAUACAGUUGAAGAAGUAAGAAUAGCCAAGGGAAGUGGUCCUAUGGGUCUUAGUAUUGUUGGUGGAUCAGAUCAGGCGUGCCAUCCAUUUGGUAUAACCGAACGUGGAGUUUUUGUUUCAAAGGUUCAACCAAGUGGUUCAGCUUCUCGGACAAACCUUCGUAUUGGUGAUCGUAUUUUAAAAGUAAAUAAUCGUGAUGUUAGUAAAGCAACACACAUGGAGGCAGUUGAUGCUCUUGUUCAAGAAACAACUGAAGUUUUAUUAUUGGUGCGACAUGAACCACAACCAAGCGGAUUAAAAGAAAUACAAAUUUUACGUGCUUCCGGUGAACCGCUCGGUAUUCGUAUUAACGGUGGUGUUGAUGGUAAACGUGUAAAUCCCGACGAUCAAGAAGAUGAUGGUAUAUUUGUCACAGAGGUAAAAGAAGGCAGCCCUGCAGAUGGUCAUUUGACUGUUGGUACAAGAAUAUUAGAGGUUAAUAAUCAAAGUUUAUUUGGUAAACGCUUAGAAGAUGCUCAAAAAGCAAUUAGUAUGCCAAGUGAAAGUAUUAAUUUAUUAAUCUGUCAUGGUUUUAAACCAAAAGACUCUCAAAUAUCCCCUGUACCAUCGUCAAAUAACAAUAGUAAACUUUCAAAAACACCACAUUCACCAAGUCCAAGUCGACAAUCGACAACUCCACCAUUAAUGCGUCACGCAUUACAAAAGCAACAGCAACAAAAACAUGUAUUACCUCCAAUUUCAGGACUUAAUCAUCGUACAACUGAACAGCAUAAUGGUUUACAAAACAUGACCGAUUUACCAUCAAAAGUAACAAAUCGAACUUUAUCACCAAAAUUAAGUCCACGAAUUGACAAAAACUUAAUUCCCAUCAUCGAUGACAAUACAAAUAAUCAUUAUUCAGCUCAUCAGACAACAUUAACAUCACGAGCUACCGUAAACAAUACAAACUAUAGUCACAAUAAUGAUUACACACAAUUGCCACCUCCCAUCCCUAUUAAACCUAAACGUUUGCAGUAUGAUCAUAAUGAUUCAUCAUCUUCAAGACAAAUUACUAAUAAUAAUAAUAACAUGAAUAAUAAUAAUGGUAAUAAUCAUAACUCUUCGCCUCCGUUUCCUUCUUUAUUAAAUUCAACGUCAACAAUAUCUCCAACAGAAAUAUCAUUCACAUCGUCAUCAUUUGUACGACCAAACACAGCCGAAUUUCGCCAGUUUAUACCAAUAUCCGAUCAUUUUCCUGUGAACAAUCAAAAACAAUCGCAUAAUGGUUUUGAAAUAGAUGAAUCUGAUUUAUCUGUUACCGAAUCUGAACGUUCAUUCAAAGAUAAGAAGAAAUUUUUUGAAAGUGGUUUUCAAGAUCCUGUUCCAAAACCAAAGCCUCGACAAUUCAAAUACAUUACAGAACAUGAACUACAACAAAUGAAACAAGAAGAAGAACAGAAAAUAAAAUCAAUGAGUCCUACUGAAUUUUUGACACGUACACAAAUCAAUACUGACGACGAUCAUACACAACAACUACAACAUCAAAUUUAUCAGCCAACACAACAUACAUUAGCAAAAGAAGAAAACAAUGAUGUACUACUGCGAAAACCAAGAACGGAUCGUAUUACUAACAGAGUAACUUCAUUGGAACGUGAUACUGCCACAGCACAAGCUCUAUUAUCUAAAUUUGCUAUUGAUUCGACCAUGACAUAA